AUGAAUUCAACAUGCGAUAAAUAUACGACUGACAUAAUCAGUCUGAAAAGACCCACGGCUUUGGACAAACUCGCUGACUCAAUCGCUAAACCCAAAGGUUCGAUUCCAAAUUUUGGUCUACCAAAAUGGAAAGUAAUGCCAUUAGAGUCGAAAAUCCCAAUGGUCCCAGGACCGGAAGGUGCAUAUAAUUUCACUCGUCGUAAAAUUGGUAAGAGGCUGUGGAUAUCGGCGCCCGAUGCUGAAUUCAACUUGAGCGAUCCGUAUGGCUACGAGAUUAAAUUGGCUUACGACUCUCUUCACGAUAAGCAUUUGGUUCCUUACUUCUCCAGGCCGAAUAUCAUUCGGCAUUUAAUAAAGUCCGGUUUCAUUACUAAAAAUAUGGACGCGAAAUGUUCUCUACAAGAUUAUAAUAUGUAUAGAAGGUACCUGAGAAGACUGCACUGUGACAGCAUAAAGCAGGAAUUAAACAGAAGAACGAAACAGUCUAUCGAACAAAGAGCGAUCCAAUAUGCACAGAAACAGGCAGAAAAGGAAGUAAAAAAACUGAAAGAAAGGGAAAAAUUGAUGGAGUUAAGAAAAUCAGUUAUCAAAGAGAAAAAAUUAGCAGAAAAAUUAAAACUGCAAAAACAAAAGGAGAAGCAAAAGAAAAUAGAAGAAAGAUUAAAGGCAUUAAUUGUGAAAAAACGAGAAGCACAACAUUUGCGAUAUAUUAAAAGCAAAGAACGCGCAGAAUUGAUUCAACAGAAACAAAAGGCAGCAGCAGAUAUUCGACGUCAAAGAAUAAUUCAAACUCUGUUGGAAUGGAGUAAAAAGGAACGUAUACGAAAAAGAAUGAUGGAAAUGCGGCUAGCCGGUGAACGAGAACAAAAACGCAAAAAUGUUGAAGAAAAGUAUAUAUAA